UUGGGAAAUUCUGCUUCAGAACACGCAUUGCAGUUUUUGGUGGAGUGCACCUUGGUACUUGAAAGCGCUUAAGUUUCAAUUCCUUUUAAUAUACAUUCUUUAAGGAAAUGUCUAUCCCUAGAAGACACAUUUUUUCUGUUUGGUACAGCGAAAAGGUCGCUACCAAAAAGUGUGCUGCUGUUGAGAAAUACGUUUUUUCCAAUGUAUUUAAUAAUAAUAAUUAUUCUCAACUAGAAUAUAAAGCAGUAAAUCAGAGGAUUUACUCAUUUGUAGCACAGUUGCAGCAAAAAUGGAAAAGAGCUCAUAGGACAUUGGAAAUUUUCGAGAAAUAUAACAAGGAGUGGUUAGAUGCUGACUCCAUAUUUUAUGUAGAACCGGAAAAAGCUGUACGUUCAGUUGGAAGACCGUCAAAAGAGUUUGAAGAUUGUUCAUUGAAAACUAAAUUGAACAAAGCUAAAUCUCUUGCAAACGAAGCAACCAAUGAAGAACUCAUGUUGGCGGCACGUGUGAGCUUGUACAAAGCUGGGAAGAGAAAUGCUUCUAGAGCUGUAUCAUUGCUUAGUUCAGAUGAAGAGGUCGUGGCAAAAACAAUAAAAUGUGAAAGCAGUGAUCCCAAACUUCCUAUUAAGUUCAGCCCUGAGGAAGCUUUGGCGAUUUAUAUUGAUGGGCGCUUCACAAAACAUUCAUAUAAGCUAGUACAAGCAAAAACUAGAUCUAACAAUGCAAAUGUUUUUCCAAGCUACGAUUUGUUGAGAACAGCAAAACUAAUGUGCUAUCCGAAAGACGUAAAAGUUACUGACUCUUCAGCAGAAGUGCCUUUACAGUGCCUAGUUGACCACACCGUUUCAAGAAUCGUGCAAUCAAGCAAAAUUAUUUUCGAAAAAAUGAACGAAACGGAUAAUAUAAUUACUGCCGUGCACAAAUGGGGCUGUGACGGAAGUAGUGGCCAUUCCAUGUAUCGUCAAGGCUACAGCGAGUUUGAAGAAAAUAAAACCGAUGAAUAUAUGUUCACGAUUUGUAUUGUGCCCCUACAAACUAAACAUGGGACCAAUUGUAAUAUGGCAGAAUUCACGUCCUUCCUCUACCAGAUUUUGUAG